GUUCUUCCGCGACACUCCAACUCCUUCCUCUUCCUUUCCGUCGUCCUCUCUUCUCCUCCUCCUCCUCCUCCUCCUCCGCAAUCGCUUCGUCGAUCACGAGCUCGCGCAUCCAUGACUAUGAUGACUCCUCCGCCACCGCUGGAUCAGGAGGACGAGGAAAUGCUGGUCCCGCAUUCCGAUUUGGUCGUCGAGGGCCCUCAGCCCAUGGAAGGCGUGGCGCAAGUGGAUCCUACCGGCGUGGUGGAGAAUCAGCAACCGGAGGAGCCUCCUUCGAUGAAGUUCACUUGGAGGAUCGACAACUUCCCUAGGUUGAAUACGAGGAAGCACUAUUCCGAGGUUUUUGUGGUGGGCGGUUACAAAUGGCGGAUACUUAUUUUCCCGAAAGGAAACAACGUGGACCACUUAUCUAUGUAUUUAGAUGUGGCAGAUUCGGCAGCGCUGCCGUAUGGAUGGAGCAGAUACGCCCAGUUCAGUUUGGCUGUGGUGAAUCAGAUCAAUAACAAGUAUACAAUAAGAAAGGAUACGCAACAUCAGUUCAAUGUGAGAGAGAGUGACUGGGGUUUUACAUCCUUCAUGCCUCUUGGCGAGCUAUAUGAUCCUGGUAGAGGAUAUAUGGCAAAUGAUACAGUUUUCGUGGAAGCUGAGGUUGCUGUGCGCAAGAUUCUGGAUUACUGGUCAUACGACUCGAAAAAGGAGACUGGUUAUGUGGGACUUAAGAACCAAGGAGCCACCUGUUAUAUGAACUCUUUGUUGCAGACUUUGUACCAUAUACCAUACUUUAGAAAGGCUGUAUACCAUAUGCCAACAACUGAGAAUGACAUGCCUUCUGGAAGCAUUCCUUUGGCUCUUCAGAGUUUGUUCUAUAAGCUGCAAUAUUAUGAUAGCAGUGUCACGACAAAAGAACUGACAAGAUCAUUUGGAUGGGACACUUAUGAUUCAUUUAUGCAACAUGAUGUUCAAGAACUGAAUAGAGUCCUGUGUGAAAAGCUUGAGGAUAAAAUGAAGGGAACUGUGGUAGAGGGCACAAUACAGCAAUUAUUUGAGGGUCAUCAUAUGAAUUAUAUUGAGUGCAUCAAUGUAGACUAUAAAUCAACCAGAAAGGAAUCGUUCUACGAUCUACAGCUUGAUGUUAAAGGGUGUCGGGAUGUUUAUGCUUCUUUUGACAAAUAUGUAGAAGUUGAACGUCUUGAAGGUGACAACAAAUACCAAGCUGAGGAACAUGGUUUGCAGGAUGCAAAGAAGGGCGUCCUGUUUAUUGACUUCCCCCCAGUUCUGCAACUUCACCUUAAGCGGUUUGAAUAUGAUUUUAUGCGAGACACUAUGGUUAAGAUAAAUGAUCGCUAUGAGUUCCCUCUUCAGCUGGACUUAGACAGAGACAAUGGAAAAUAUUUGUCACCAGAUGCAGAUAGCAGUGUACGCAACCUUUAUUCUCUUCACAGUGUCUUGGUUCAUAGUGGUGGCGUUCACGGCGGUCAUUAUUAUGCCUUUAUCAGGCCCACACUCUCUGAUCAAUGGUUUAAAUUUGAUGAUGAACGGGUGACAAAAGAAGAUACAAAGAGGGCUUUGGAAGAACAGUAUGGGGGAGAGGAGGAGUUGCCGCAGACCAAUCCUGGUUUUAACAACACUCCCUUCAAAUUUACAAAAUACUCAAAUGCAUACAUGCUUGUGUAUAUACGUGACAGUGACAGGGACAAAAUAAUUUGUCACGUCGAUGAGAAGGACAUUGCAGAACAUUUGAGGAUAAGGUUGAAGAAGGAACAAGAAGAGAAGGAGGAAAAGAGAAAGUACAAAGCACAAGCCCAUCUUUAUACUAUAAUAAAGGUAGCACGAGAAGAGGAUCUUGUUGAGCAGAUUGGAAAAGAUAUAUACUUCGAUCUUGUGGACCAUGACAAAGUCCGAAGUUUUCGCAUUCAGAAGCAAAUUCAGUUUACUCUUUUCAAGGAGGAAGUUGCCAGAGAGUUCGGUGUACCUGUGCAAUGUCAGCGUUUCUGGUCAUGGGCAAAGAGGCAAAACCAUACUUACCGUCCAAAUCGGCCUCUAACACCCCAAGAGGAAGCUCAACCAGUUGGACAGUUAAAGGAGAUGUCAAACAAGGCAUACAAUGCGGAAUUAAAGCUGUUCUUGGAAGUUGAUCUUGGGCUGGAUCAGGUUCCUGUUUCACCACCCGAAAAAUCUAAAGAAGAUAUCUUGCUAUUCUUCAAACUUUACAACCCUGAGAAAGGAGAACUGCGAUAUGUAGGUAGGCUCUUUGUGAAGAGUUCUGGUAGACCAGUUGAAAUUUUGCCAAGAUUAAAUGAGAUGGCAGGCUUCAAUCAAGAUGAAGAAUUAGAACUAUUUGAGGAGAUAAAGUUUGAGCCUUCUGUCAUGUGUGAGCAUCUUGACAAGAAGGCAUCAUUUCGAACGAGUCAGAUUGAAGAUGGGGACAUCAUUUGCUUUCAAAAAGCUCGAAUAGACAAUGAAGAUGAAUUUCGUUAUCCAGAUGUUCCUUCUUACUUGGAGUAUGUGCAUAACCGCCAGAUUGUUCAUUUUCGAUCAUUGGAAAGACUAAAGGAGGACGAUUUCGUCCUAGAGUUGUCCAAACUACAUAAUUAUGAUGAAGUGGUGGAAAGAGUGGCUCAACAAGUUGGGCUGGAUGAUCCAUCAAAAAUUAGGCUUACAUCUCACAAUUGCUACUCUCAACAACCCAAGCCUCAACCAAUCAAGUUUCGAGGGGUAGAGCGUCUUUCAGAUAUGCUAGUCCAUUAUAACCAGAUCUCUGAUAUAUUGUACUACGAAGUAUUGGACAUCCCUCUCCCAGAGUUGCAAGGUCUAAAGAACUUGAAAGUUGCGUUUCAUCAUGCCUCAAAGGAUGAGGUUGUAAUUCAUCAUAUUAGACUUCCAAAGCAGAGCACAGUUGGUGAUGUUAUUAAUGAACUUAAGACAAAGGUAGAUUUGUCUCGUCCUGAUGCAGAACUUAGACUUCUUGAAGUCUUCUAUCAUAAGAUCUACAAGAUCUUUCCUUCCAGUGAGAAAAUUGAGAAUAUAAAUGACCAGUACUGGACAUUGCGUGCUGAGGAGAUUCCCGAAGAAGAGAAGGACCUUGGGCCGCAUGAUCGCUUGAUUCAUGUUUACCACUUCACGAAGGAAACUCCUCAAAAUCAGCUGCAUGUGCAGAACUUUGGAGAACCCUUUUUGUUGGUCAUUAAUGAAGGUGAAACAUUAGCUGAAGCAAAAGUGCGCAUACAAAAGAAACUGCAAGUUUCAGAUGACGCAUUCGCCAAGUGGAAGUUUGCAUUUCUUUCGUUGGGUCGCCCAGAGUAUCUUGAGGAUUCUGAAAUUUUAUCAAACCGUUUUCAGAGGAGAGAUGUUUAUGGCGAACAGUACCUUGGAUUGGAGCACUCUGAUGCUCCCAAGAGGUCUUAUGUGGUGAAUCAGAACCGUCACACUCAUGAGAAGCCUGUUAAAAUAUACAACUAAGAAGAGCUGAGGAUUUAACGGGACCUUCCAUUUAAGGACUACUUGAUGAUAAUGAUGUGGAGGUUGAGAACGCUUGUUGCAUCUAAGUGAUGGCCUGGGUGACCAUAGUACAUGUAGGCUAAAUUAUUCUUUAGCACGGGUGAGGAAGUUGGGUGUCCGCUCUUCAAGGGAAUCUCUUCUCAUAUGGCCCUGCUUGAGCUCUUCCUCUUUCUAAGGGAUUUUCUUGUUUCCCGGUCUGUCGUCCUCCUGCGUCUGUAAUUUAGCAGUGCAUAAGAAGAUUUUGGAUGAGGGUGUUUAUAGCGGGAAUCGUUCCAUUUUACUAUCUUCUUUCCCUUUUCAUUUGAUCUUUUUUGUAGUUCGGUUUUUAAGUAUAGUGGGGGACGACCUCAAAAUUUCAAGUGGCUGGUUGUACCCGAUUAAGGGUGUUGUAGAAAGAGCUGCACCACUUAGCAGUCCUGAUUGCUCUGUUCAUCCAUGUCAUAAUUAUAGCGAUCAUUUGUUUCGUUCAA